CUCCCCACAGGGCAGCUCAGCAGGAGAUGGGCAGCAAGCACUGGAAUUACUCCACCACUGGCUUUGUCCUCACCAGCCUUUUUAACAACAGCCAGCUGCACCUGUUUCUGUUCAGCAUGGUGGUGUUGGUCUACAUCCUUGCCAUGGCCGGCAACACGGCCAUGGUCCUUCUGAUUUGGAUGGAUACCCGACUCCACACACCCAUGUACUUCCUCCUCAGCCAGCUGUCUUUUCUGGAUGUCUUCUUUACGUCAGUCACUGUCCCCAAGAUGAUAGUGGGCUUUCUCUUUGGCUGGACAAGCAUCUCCUUCGGGGGCUGUGGGGCACAGAUGUUUUUCUUUAUGUUCCUGGGGGCUGCAGAGUGCCUCCUGCUGGCCCUCAUGGCUUAUGACCGCUAUGUGGCCAUCUGCAACCCUUUGCGCUACCCGGUGCUCAUGAGCCGCCGGGUGUGCCUGCUCAUGGUUGUGGCCUCCUGGCUGGGAGGAUCCCUCAACGCCUCCAUUCAGACCUCUCUGACCCUUCAGUUCCCCUACUGUGGCUCUCGGAAGAUCUCCCACUUCUUCUGUGAGGUGCCCUCGCUGCUGAUGCUAGCCUGUGCAGACACAGAAGCCUAUGAACAGGUACUCUUCGUGACAGGCGUGGUGGUCCUCCUGGUACCCAUUACCUUCAUCACCACCUCCUAUGCCCUCAUCCUGGCUGCUGUGCUCCGGAUGCGUUCUGUGGAGGGGCGUCAGAAGGCCCUCGCCACAUGCUCCUCCCACCUGACAGUUGUGAAUCUCUUCUAUGGGCCCCUUGUCUAUACCUACAUGCUACCUGCUUCCUAUCACUCCCCGGGCCAAGAUGAUGUAGUAUCCGUCUUUUACACAGUUCUCACACCCAUGCUUAACCCUGUCAUCUACAGCCUCAGGAACAAGGAAGUAACAGGGGCAAUGAAGAAGGUGAUGGGAAGGUGUGGAGUCAGUAGGAAUGCUUGAGACCUGAGAGAGGCCUGGAGGCAAGCACCUCAGCUCAUCAUCAUCAUCUGCACGGACUGCUAAGGCAUGUCUGUUUGAGAAGG